AAUUCUUUUCUAUCAGGUUAAGGCAGCCUCCAUUUUUAGUAUAACUCUAUCCUUCAUGUGCAAAUACAUAUAUGAAGUGAGUUAAAAAAAAAACCUAUGACUGAGCAAUGUCUAAUAAAAACUGAUGGAAUAUAGUAAGGUUUUACUGUUGAGCUGUACAGUCAGGAGAAGGUACUAUCCAUUUUGAGGAGUGUAAGGAAUUUGUGUAUAAAAUACAUACUCCUUAUUUUUUUGAAGAGCAAUCUGUAAAAUCACUAAGAGCAAACUCUACAGGACUUUUAGAUAUAAUUUUGUGACAUACCCAUUGAGUAUUUUCAAAAACUCUUAAAAGUUGAUGUAUUGGGUAGUGAUUAUCUAUAGAUCCUGUGUAACAUGAUAAUGCAGUCUGCCAGUGGUCAUCAAUUUAAAUCAAAUAAUCAAAUAAGCUUCAUAUUAUCUACUGGCAGUAAUUUCUGUAGGUUCCAUACCAGGAAGUUGUUUAAAAAGUAUCCUUUCCGUUAUCAGUAAGUCUAUCAUUUCUUGAUAAUAAGGAGAUGCAGGUACUUGUGGAGAAUCAUACCUCACAUCAUUGUCUAUAAUACUGUUACCUUCUGGACAUAUACUUUCAGUAGGAGAUGAACACUCACUUUCUUUCCCACAUGGAAGUACAAUCAGAGAGCAAUCUCUGGCUAUGGAAUAAAAGGGUGCUGAAAGAUUUCUCUUGAGUCCUAGGAGAGAUUCCUAGAAUGGGAAACCUGACUUCCGGUGAGUUAUGAAGACAUCUGAUUAGCAGGGAGGCAAUGUCAGUUCCCCAUGACAUCAGGGGGUCUCAUGCCUAGACAUUCGAUUGUAUCCUGGAGACCUUAGAAUAUUUUCUGAUGUCACCUGUGUUGUAGCAACACCAACUGCCUUUGGACAGUUGGUUCAGUGCCCUUACAGUUCAGCCAUGAACAUGUUGGGAAGACUCAGGAGUCUAUUGCGUCGAAAGAAAGGAGAGGGAAGAGAGAGCAGAGAGAGGCAGACACAAGCUGGCCUUCAGCCUCCAUGUAAAAGAUCAAGAAAGAAAUGGUCCAGAAGAUGGUACAGGACCUCCAAGGAGCCUCCACCCACUCCAACCAGGCUCUCAAAGAGGCAGGUGAAGCAGAAGGUGGAGAGCCUGACCACUCAGCUCCAGGUGAUGACUGCCCAACGGGAUGAUCUGAGAGAUCACCUCAUCUUAGUAACCGAAGGAUCCUUGGACAACAGGCCCUACCACAGGCCAAAUCCUUUCUAUGAAAAGCUCAAGAUGGAACAUCAGCAGGUCAUGUCAGACCUGCAGAAUUUCGAGAAUGAGAAUUUGGAGGCCUCACAGAA